AUGGUUAAAGCUGUUGUUGCUGGUGCCUCUGGCGGCAUUGGUCAGCCUCUUUCUCUCCUCCUCAAGACCAGCUCUCUCAUCGAUGAGCUCGCCCUCUACGAUGUCGUCAACACUCCCGGUGUUGCCGCCGACCUUUCUCACAUCUCUUCCCCAGCUAAGCUCACUGGCUACCUUCCCGCCAACGAUGGCGCAAAGGCCGCUUUCAAGGACGCUGAUAUUAUCGUCAUCCCCGCUGGUAUUCCCCGCAAGCCUGGUAUGACCCGUGAUGACCUCUUCAACAUCAAUGCUGGCAUUGUCAAGGGUCUCAUUGAGGUUGCCGCCGAGGUCGCCCCCAAGGCCUUUAUUCUCGUCAUCUCCAACCCCGUCAACUCGACCGUCCCCAUCUCGGCCGAGGUCCUCAAGGCCAAGGGUGUCUUCAACCCCCAGCGCCUCUUUGGUGUCACCACCCUCGACAUUGUCCGCGCUGAGACCUUUGUUGCCGAGAUUACCGGCGAGAAGCACCCCCAGAAGCUCAACAUUCCCGUCAUCGGUGGCCACUCUGGCGAGACUAUUGUCCCCCUCUUCAGCAAGGCUACCCCCUCCGUCAACAUCCCCGCCGACAAGUACGAUGCUCUUGUCAACCGCGUCCAGUUUGGUGGUGACGAGGUCGUCAAGGCCAAGGACGGUGCUGGCUCUGCCACCCUCUCCAUGGCCUACGCCGGUUUCCGCUUCGCCGAGAAGGUCCUGAGAGCCGUCAAGGGCGAGAAGGGUCUCGUCGAGCCCAGCUACGUUUACCUGCCUGGCGUUCCUGGCGGUGAAGCCAUUGCCAAGGCCACCGGCUGCGACUUCUUUUCAGUCCCCAUUGAGCUCGGCCCCAACGGUGCCGAAAAGGCCACCAACCCAUUGGAGGGCAUCACCGAGCAGGAAAAGGCCCUGCUGGCAAAGGCCGUCGAGGGUCUCAAGGGCAACAUUUCCAAGGGUGUCCAGUUUGCCCACAACCCUCCCCAAAAGCUGUAA